AAAACAUAUCACACGACAUUACAUGAAAAGAAAACAUAUCACACGACAUUACUUGAAAAGAAAACAUAUCACACGACAUUAUAUGAAAAGAAAACAUAUCACACGACAUUACAUGAAAAGAAAACAUAUCACACGACAUUACAUGAAAAGAAAACAUAUCACACGACAUUACAUGAAAAGAAAACAUAUCACACGACAUUACAUGGCAAGGAAACAUAUCAUACGACAUUACAUGAAAAGAAAACAUAUCACACGACAUUACAUGGCAAGGAAACAUAUCAUACGACAUUACAUGAAAAGAAAUCAUAUCACACGACAUUACAUGGCAAGGAAACAUAUCAUACGACAUUACAUGAAAAGAAAACAUAUCACACGACAUUACAUGAAAAGAAAACAUAUCACACGACAUUAUAUGAAAAGAAAACAUAUCACACGUCAUUACAUGGCAAGGGAACAUAUCACACGACAUUAUAUGAAAAGAAAACAUAUCACACGACAUUACAUGGCAAGGAAACAUAUCACACGACAUUACAUGGCAAGGAAACAUAUCACACGACAUUAUAUGAAAAUAAAACAUAUCACACGACAUUACAUGGCAAGGAAACAUAUCACACGACAUUACAUGGCAAAGAAACAUAUCACACGACAUUACAUGAAAGUAAAACAUAUCACACGACAUUACAUGGAAAUGAAAAAGAUCACACGACAUUAUAUGAAAAUAAAACAUAUCACACGACAUUAUAUGAAAAUAAAACAUAUCACACGACAUUACAUGGCAAGGAAACAUAUCACACGACAUUACAUGAAAAUAAAACAUAUCACACGACAUUACAUGGCAAGGAAACAUAUCACACGACAUUACAUGGCAAGGAAACAUAUCACACGACAUUAUAUGAAGAUAAAACAUAUCACACGACAUUACAUGGCAAGGAAACAUAUCACACGACAUUACAUGGCAAGGAAACAUAUCACACGACAUUACAUGGCAAGGAAACAUAUCACACGACAUUACAUGGCAAGGAAACAUACCACACGACAUUACAUGGCAAGGAAACAUAUCACACGACAUUACAUGGCAAGGAAACAUAUCACAACACAUAAUCUAGAAAGGAAACAUAUCAGACGCAAAUGAAA